CAAGAAAACAAAGGAAAUGUUUAGAGACGCCAAAAAGACCUUUUAUUGUAAAACUCUUAGAGAAGUUGUGAAAGAGUUUCGAAGUUGUAAAACAACUGCCGAAGAAAGAGCUCUGGUGAAAAAGGAAUCAGCACAAAUAAGAGACUUGUUUAAAGAAGGGGAUACUGCUUUUCGACGAAGAAAUAUAGCAAAACUAUUAUUCUUUCAUAUGCAGGGUUAUCCUACCGAGUUUGGUCAGCUCGAGUGUUUGAAACUUUGUACAUCACCAAAGUAUAAGGAUAAGAGAGUGGGAUAUUUGGGCUUGUUGGUUUUAUUGGAUGAAAAUCAAGAAAUUUUAACGCUAGUUACCAACUGCCUUGUUCAAGACUUGCAAAGUAGCAUUCCAUUGGUGGCUGGUUUAGCAUUGACAGCUGUCGGAAAUGUUGCUUCAGCUGAACUCAUCAAAGACGUAUUUCCUUUGGUGGAGAAGCACUUACAGGGAAAAGACCCUUAUCUUAGGAAAAAGGCUUUGUUAUCUGCUGUGCGUAUUUGUAAAAAGGUACCAGAAUAUAGCAGUUUGUUGUUCGACUAUAUGACCCAAACUUUGGGAGAACACACGGAAGAAAUUGUGUUGACAGGAUUGGCACUGGCAUUUGAACUGGCACAUACAAGUCCUGAAUAUAUCGAUCGACUGCGCAACAGAGUUAUUCCACCUUGCGUCAAUCUUUUGAAAGAACUAUUAUCGCCUUCAUUUGAUCCUGAACUGACCAUAUCUGGCAUAACAGACCCAUUUCUUCAAGUGAAACUUCUUCAAGUUUUAAGUGUUUAUGGAAGAGGAAGUAAAGAAGCCGCCCAUAGUUGUACCGAUGUACUUAUCAAAAUACUUUCGAACACGGAUUCUUCUUCCAAUGCAGGAUUGGCAGUUAUUUAUGAGUGCGUCAGAACAGUCAUCGCUAUUCGUGAAUUGCCGGACACAUUACGCUCUUUGGCUGUAGAAACAUUAGGUGGGCGAUUGUUGAAUGAAGCAAAGGAUAACAAUGCUCGAUAUGUAUCUCUUCAGACUCUUCUUACCGUAGUUGGAGAGAAGAAGGAAGACGUCAAACGAUAUCUCAAUACUAUUCUGGAGUGUUUGAGUGAUCCCGAUAUUUCGAUUCGAAGAAGAGCACUAGAUCUGGUGUAUGCUUUGACCGAUUCUUCUAAUAUAAUGCAACUUUCUCGAUGUUUUUUGGAAUUUUUGGAAACAUGUGAAGAUGAAUUGAAGCCAGAUGUCGCACGAAAGUUAUCAGACAUGGCUGAUCGUUUUGCUCCAGAUAUCGAAUGGCACGUCAAUUGCAUGGCUCGUACUUUGAGCUUGACAGACGUAUUGAUGCCAGAAUCAUUAAUAAGCUUAUUCAUUGCUCUUAUUUCUGCAAAACAGUCAGUUCAAGAAUAUGCAGCUAGACUCUUGUUUGAACUCGGACUGCAGCCCUAUGCAAAAGUAAAUCCACAAAUUGCAGAUAGAUUGGACCAGUCACUUUAUGCAUUGAAACCUGCUUUGGAAAUAGUUUCUAUUUGGAUUAUCGGCGAAUAUGGAUACAAAUUGAUUGAACAACAGGUUUUAUCUUCUGAACAAGUAGUAAACAGUUUGCGUACCAUUCUUCACUUAUCCAUGCGAAAUACAUAUGACGAAGGUAUGAAGAGAGAAGUUUUGUUAGGAGGCUCCGUACAUUCCUCCUCUUCACUCUUGAGAGAAGUGGCGCUUAGUUGUCUUGCCAAAUUGUAUAUGCGUGUUAUGUUACCUCGAGAAACUCAAGAAUUAAUCUCAACUAUCUUGCGCACUUAUCAGACUAGUCUAGAUUUAGAGGUACAGCAAAGAGCUUGUGAAUAUUUCCAAAUGUUGGACGAACGAUGGAAUACAGUUUCAAAGAAGAUUAUGGCUUCCCUUCCCCCUAUGGAUUACAAUUCCUUGAGAAAGAAACAUUUGAGCGGUUCAGAUACGGCCCCCGGAGCGAAUCCCCGGAAGGAAUUGUCUGAAAGUUUGGUAUCAUUGUUAUUGGAUGAAGAAGAACAAGCAGAUAAUGAAGAAGAACAAGAAGCAGCAUCAAUAGACUUGGGUCGUUUGGAAAUCUUGGAUUUUGGCAAAAGUACGGAUUCCUCUCGAAAUAUAUUCAAAAAUGAAUUAGAUGGAUUGCUAUUGUCUGACAAAAAUGAAAAAACUGGCACUUCAAAGACUAUCCAAUGUGGAGAGCAUUUAAAUGCAGAGUUGUAUUUCUUUGAAGAGUAUGAUCCUAGUUUUACUUGGAAAGUAGAGUUUCACUUUCACAGUCUUGUACCUGAGCCUUUGAAACAUUUUCGACUACAAAUUGCCGUACCAAAGUAUAUGAAGAUUGAUUUGCAGCCAGCAACAGGAACCACACUUGAACAGGGAAAGGAAUUGAUCCAAAUAGCUCGUUUGUCUCAAACUACAUCAGAAGAGAAGAUUUGGCAGCUCAAAUAUAGAAUAAGUUAUGAAAUGGAUUCUUCUACUCGCAAUCCAAUCACUAGCGAAGGAAUUUUCCGUGAUUUUCCUGUCAGAAAGGGAAUACUGUGAGUCCUUUUAUUAUAAUUCAUCAUGAUUUGUUUCUACUGCAUUGGAUUGUUGCGUUGAAUUAUCAUCAGAUUGUAUUGGCAUUGUGGUUUGUGUUUCAGG